UGCGCCCCGCUGAUAGGCAAACAGAGCAGCUAUUGUUAGCCGCGGACUGAAGUCUCCAGCAGGUUGUGUCAGAGUUUAUCCCACACUCACCACCUUCAUACCUGUUGAAUAUUCACAACACCUUUUUUUGGUUUUACGAGAGACUCUGUCGAAGAAAAAAGCUAAGCUGUGUGGGGCAGGUGAGGAGAGGGAAAAGUGGAAGGAAGGAAGACUGGAAAUCUCGGAGGAAAGAAGGAAGUAAACACGACCAUUGGAGAACUCAACAGGUUAAAUGUUAUAACACACGGACUUUUUUAAAACUUCCAACGUCGAAAAACGUACGAAAACAACAACAAAGAUGCCGUUGGGACCAUGGAGGAAGAAAAACAAGUCGACGAAGGAGCAUUUGGUGGAAAACGAGGAGGUCGGUGGCGGACACGCAGGUGCUGGGAGCUUGGCUAAUAAAUCCUCGGUGAACGGAGCAGGUCUACCGCCUCCACCGGCCAACCUGAGGCCCAAACUGGUGUUCCACACGCAGCUGGCGCACGGCAGCCCCACCGGCAGGAUCGAGGGCUUCUCCAACGUCAAGGAGCUGUACGGGAAGAUAGCAGAAGCCUUUAACAUCAGCCCACCUGAGAUCCUGUUCUGCACCCUCAACACUCACAAGAUCGACAUGGACAAGCUGCUGGGGGGGCAGAUCGGCCUCGAGGAUUUCAUCUUCGCCCACAUUAAAGGGAUCAAGAAGGAGGUGGAGGUUCAUAAAUCUGAAGAUGCCUUGGGCCUCACCAUCACCGACAACGGAGCGGGAUACGCUUUCAUAAAGCGUAUCAAAGAUGGCAGCGUGGUGGACGGGGUGAAGGUGAUUAAUGUGGGCGACCACGUGGAGUGCAUAAACGGACAUAACAUCGUCGGGACACGGCAUUACGAGGUCGCCCGCAUGCUUAAAGAGCUGCCCAAGGACAAGACGUUCACACUGAAACUGGUGGAGCCCAUGAAGGCCUUCGAAAUGCUUGAGCCCAGGUCAAAAGGGGCCAAACCUGCCAGCGAAAACAAGAUCGGCACGGGGAGGGGGACCCUGAGACUCCGCUCCAAGGGCCCAGCUACUGUAGAGGAGGAGCCAACAGAAUUUGAGGACAAGGCGGUAAAGAAAGUGGACGACCUCCUGGAGAGCUACAUGGGAAUCAGAGACACUGAACUGGCCGCUACGAUGGUGGAGGUCGGCCGUGACAAGAAGAACCCGGAUGAAUUCGCCAUGGCGUUGGACGAGACCCUCGGAGACUUCGCCUUUCCCGAUGAGUUUGUGUUUGACGUGUGGGGGGCCAUCGGAGACGCCAAGCAGGGAAGAUUUUAAACUAGCUCUUGUCCCUGAAAAACAUACACACACACACACACACACACACACACACACACACACACACACACACACACACACACACACACACACACUCUCACAUGUAAUAUCCUCAGAAUGAAACUGGACAAACUUCAACCCCCACAAACUGGAAGUGGAUUGAUCGUUUUUGCCAUCAGUUUGCUCUCGAGUGUAGCUUUGCACUUUGGAGUGUCUUAAAGCAUCAGUAAAGUCAGUUUAGGUAGGGAAUUAAACACGUAAUGCAUUUCCAAACACUGGAUCUGCUUCCUGGACGAGUUAGUGAUUCAUUCCAGAUGUUGUAAAAUACUUUUGUACCCCCACCCCCUCCCCCGAGAGACACUUAACAGCUCUUGUUGCUCUUCUUCUUGAGAGUAGCGAACACCGGUCUAUUACACUGGGUUUGUGCACACCUUACAUUUUUUAACAAUCAGUUUAAAUCACACUCUAUAGCUGUGUCAUUUCUAAUAUACAGAUGUUUCACAGCUUUUUAUAGAUUUUUCGUUUUAUAUAUAUGUGAAAAUGUUGCUGGUGUUAAAGCAGCAACGUUGUGUAAUUAGUGUAAUUAUAGUGAUUGAAGCAAUACUUAUUUUAUUUCCCUCCUUUCUUUUAAAAUCUUUUAAAUGUCGGAUCGUCGCCCUCAUUCACUUUGCUGAUGUUUGUUUACUUUCAGAUUUUCUCUGUGCCCUUACACACCUCAGGCUGGAGCCCUUCGUCAGUAGAUGUAGUAAUACGCAGAAGUGAGAGUUUUAUUUUGAAAUUGAACUUUAGCCAAGAUUUCUGACACAUUCCAACACCAUUCCUCAUGUUUCUCAUGUUGUUUUAGUCCGUUAGGCUUGUUAAAAUGUCUAGAAAUGAGUCUUACUUUUAGAUGCGUGCUUAUAUUUUUCCUGUAAUUUAUUUUAUUUUGAUAAAUCCUAUGCUGCAAGUCAUUUUUACACUGAGACAUGGCUCGGUAUGAGAGACAGUUUUUUCUUUAAUAAGCCAUUUUUAGGGCUGUGUCUGGAAUGGGAUCAAUUGCAAUCCAAUGUCUUCAAUAAAUGCACUCGCAUUAAUGUACCUGCACUAUUUAAAUCACUGUCAAACUGAAUUUAAAUAGUGACUUGAUUAGUGUCAUCUGCUGUUAACUGUGUGCAGCAGUUUCAUAUUGUUUGACACACCAUAAGGGAUCACUGUUGUACGAUAGACAAUAAAAUUUGAUAUACUGUUA